AUGGCCCCAUCUGCCACCACCACCGUUACUGAGACCGUGGCUCCGCCACAAACGCUUAAGACGCCUGGUUUCUUCGGUGCAUACAAAGAGCUAGCUCCCACUGAGUAUUCUAAAGAAGCAGAGGAGGGCAAGACUGGCUUCGAGGCGGCCAAGUACCCACACUACCUGCCAACGUGGAACCCGGAGCAGAAGUAUGAGCCGUUGAAGCCAUUCCAGCACUACGACCAUGGGAAGGAUGGGGACACAUCGUACUCCGAUCUACUCCCGAAUACCUCUCAGGUGACCGACCUCACACCAACCAUCGGCACAGAGGUUCGAGGUGUUCAGCUGAGCUUUCUCAGUGAUGCUGGUAAGGACCAACUUGCUCGAUACGUCGCGGAAAGAAAGGUCGUCGCUUUCAGGGGGCAGGACUUUGCAGAUCUUCCUAUCUCUGAGGCCCUGAAGUUCGGUGGAUACUUUGGGCGGCACCAUAUUCAUCCCACGUCUGGAUCUCCUGAAGGACACCCAGAGGUUCACCUGGUUCAUCGCGGAGCAGGCGACAAAUCGGCCGAGGCUUUCUUCCAGGCAAGGACAAGCUCUGUAGCAUGGCACUCGGACGUAUCGUACGAGCAGCAGCCACCGGGAACGACGUUCCUAUACAUCCUCGACAAGCCGGAGACGGGCGGCGACACGCUGUUCUGUAAUGCCGCCGAGGCCUACAACAGGCUCAGCCCCCUAUUCCAGGAGAGAUUGCACGGCCUCCAAGCAACGCACUCGGGGAUUGAGCAAGUCGCCGCAGCUGUUGCCAAAGGCAGCAUCAAGAGGCGAGAGCCGGUCGUCACUGCUCACCCAAUCGUCCGUACCCAUCCGGCGACUGGAGAGAAGGCGUUAUACAUCAACCCGCAGUUCACCCGCGAUAUUGUCGGUAUGAAGAAGGAGGAGUCGGACAUGCUCUUGAAAUUCCUGUACGACCAUAUCGCGUAUGGUGCCGAUUUCCAAGCUCGUGUCAAGUGGGAGGAGGGUACCGUGGUGGUCUGGGAUAACCGUGUGACGCAGCAUUCGGCGUUGGUCGACUGGAAGACUGGGCAGCGUCGCCAUUUGGCUCGUAUCACUCCGCAGGCCGAGCGACCGUACGAGACCCCAGUCUAG